ACGCCGCAUGCAUUAGGCCAGUUCAUGUAGUGGUCCGUCUUGGUAAUCGAUGUCACCAUCCUUGCUAUAUGCAAAGCUUGAGUCUGAGUACGGUAUAGGCGUGACGAGCUUGAUUGAGCACUGCUUAGCAUAGAUUGUCGUAACAAGACCGACAGCAAGAUAUCUCACCGUGAGAAAAAUGGGCGGUGGAGAUUGCUCAUGAGACCGAAAGAUGCGAGGCAUGAUGUUUGUUUAUACAGAAGCGACUAUGCCCCGCAGUACUUGCCUACAUGUAUGUCAACCUGUCUUGCUUCCUGUAUGAACUCGAAAGAAAUCAACAAUCGGAGCAAUAUUGCAGCGGCCUGCGGCCGAAGGAGUCGGUCUACGACAUCUCCGACCAAGGCAUUACCUAUUUGGGACAGAACCCCGAGGCAGCACACAAACACCAAAUGUUGCUUACCGAGGUGUUCAAUAACCUCUCUCCCAACACAUACAAUAUUUUGUUUCCAACCUCUACCUAUCCCGCUAAGGUGCAAACAUUGGGUUCUAGCCUCGGCAAAGCGACUACAAGCCAACUGUGACUUAACCCCAGGUUUUCCUGUCCGAAUGAUAUUUGAAAGCACAAUAUACCGAUUUACACACGAUUACGACAAAGAUCUGUCCACAGGCGGAAUGGAGUUGUUCCUAUCUAGGAUGUUUGAUGAUUUCGAUAAACUCGAUUGGUCCGAUAAAUUUGAUUGUCAUACGACAUUAUGAACAAAAUAUGGCGCUGUGUUGUUGCGACAUGCGUUUCACCUAGACUCCAUGCCAUUUAUCUGCGCAUCCGAUCAUCCGCGCCUGUUACCAUUCCUUCCUAUGCUGUUCCAA